UCUUGGACCAAAAACAAAAGAAACAGCUGAGGACGAAGCUGAAAAGCGGAGCAGUGGAGGUCUCUGAAUGAAGAAGAUGGCUCGCAGCAUCUCCUACAUAACUGGUUCCCAGCUCCUCUCUCUCAGACGCCAGCCCAAUAUUGCCAUUAUCGAUGUCAGGGACGACGAACGGAGUUAUGAUGGACACAUAGCCGGGUCUCUUCAUUUCGCAAGCGACUCUUUCUCGGAAAACAUCUCGAAUCUCGUUCAACAAGUCAAAGGCAAAGACACCCUUGUCUUCCACUGUGCUCUAAGUCAGGUUCGGCGGCCCAACAUGUGCUCGAAGGUUAGCCAUUAUCUUGAGGACUUUAAAGAAGAUCCCGGAAUAAAGAACAUUAUGGUCCUGGAGCGUGGCUUCAAUGGCUGGGAAGCUUCUGGAAGGCCUGUCUGUCGCUGCAGUGAUGUUCAUUGCAAGGGUGAGGGUGCUUGA